UUCAUUUCAAACCGUAGGUUACCAAUGCACUGCAAAUUAAAAUAAAAUAAAAUAAAUGUCAUAAAUCUAUAAUAAUUAUCUAAUCUAAUACCAACUAUGACCAAUCCGAUUGCUGCUCUUUGUGUGCAUCCAUCACCUUCUUCUUCUACUUCUCCUUCUUUCUUUGUUUCAAUUCAAUCUUUAGGGUUUCGUGUGCUUCUUUCUUUGUAGUAUUGUUGAUUAUGCAUUGUUUUCUCUCUCUAAUCUUGCACAAAGUGUUUGAUUCUAACUUUUCUCUGUUUGUUCCUUUUCCCCCAUUUGAAUUGAUUCAAUUAGAGCUUUGAAGAGCAAGUGAUAUUGAUUCUGUGACAAAGAGAAUAUUCGAAUCGAAUGGGUGCUUGCUAUUCCUCGAGAGGUGGAAGAAGAGGAGGAGAUACAGAGGAGGAGGUAGAUGGUUGGUGGAAGAGCAAAGCCAAUCGGAGUAGUAAUAAGAGGACAAGCUUCGAUUCCAAGUCCAAGAGAAGUUACACCGGUGAUUUCUCUUCUUUUAUCGGCAAGUUCGGCGGAGGAGGAGCGGCGGCGGAGGAGGGUUCGCUGCUUCAGAUUCCGGGGAGGCUGUUUGGCAACGGGUCUAGCAGCAUCGCCUGCUUGUACACCCAGCAGGGCAAGAAAGGAACCAAUCAGGACGCCAUGAUCGUUUGGGAGAAUUUCAGUUCAAGAAGUGAUACAGUCUUUUGUGGUGUGUUUGAUGGUCAUGGUCCUUAUGGUCAUAUGGUUGCAAAAAAAGUUCGAGAUUCCCUUCCUGUUCUGCUGUGCUCUCAGUGGAAAGCUAAUUCCAAAAGUGACCGAAGUGAGAAUGGAAAUGCUACCAAAAGUUCAAAUUUUGAGGAAUGCGUGGAUGACGAUUGGUGUGAAUCUUUGGAGGUUGAGGAGAAUGAAAAACUCCCUGAAAUGUACCUGCCACUAAAACAAUCAAUGUUAAAGGCUUUCAAACUGAUGGAUAAGGAAUUAAAGUUCCAUUCAGCAAUUGACUGUUUCUGCAGUGGAACAACUGCUGUUGCUUUGGUAAAGCAGGGUCAGGAUCUUAUAAUUGGAAAUGUUGGAGACUCGAGAGCAGUACUGGCUACAAGGGAUAAAGAUAAUGCUUUGACUGCUAUACAGUUGACUGUUGACUUGAAACCUAAUCUUCCAAGGGAAGCUGCUAGGAUCCAGCAGUGCAAGGGAAGGGUCUUCGCAUUGCAAGAUGAGCCGGAGGUUGCCCGUGUGUGGUUGCCUAAUAGUGACUCACCUGGUUUGGCCAUGGCUAGAGCUUUUGGAGACUUCUGUCUAAAGGAUUUUGGUUUGAUAUCUGUCCCAGACAUUUAUUACCACCGCCUUACAGAGAGAGAUGAAUUCAUUAUUUUAGCCAGCGAUGGGGUUUGGGAUGUCCUCUCGAACAAGGAAGCUGUAGAUAUAGUUGCCUCAGCACCAGGUUGUGUAACAGCAGCUAGAGCUCUUGUUGACUGUGCUACUCGAGCAUGGAGGCUCAAAUACCCCACAUCCAAGAAUGAUGAUUGCGCUGUUGUAUGCCUUUUUCUAGAACACGUGCCAGUACCCGAUGCAGCUCCAGCAGAGAAUGAUUUGACAAAGGAUACUGAGACGGUGCUAAAGAUAAUCUCUGUGACAAAUGAGGACACCAGGAAUUCAGCUAUUGGUGGUGGUGUUUCAGCUUCUGAUGCUUCUAUUAUUGAGGAAUCGGGUACUUUCAAAGACUCUGGUGAGAUUGUUCCUGUUCUUGAGUCAAACGAGGAAAAGCUUCCUGAAAAGUGCCUGGGCCAAUCUAGGAGAAGCCUAGCCGAGUGCCUUUCAACUGGGGAAGACGAGGAAUGGUCUGCCCUUGAAGGUAUUACAAGGGUUAAUAGUCUGCUAAGUAUUCCCAGGUUUUUUUCUGCCGAUAAAAGAUCAGGUAGUUGGAGAAAGUGGUUAUAAAACAUCUAAAGAAUGCUCUUUGAUCUUGAUUUCGCUCGCAGCCAAGUGGAAUUGUAAUUAUUUUUAUAAUUAUAAUAUGAUUGGAGCCGUUUUCUCUUCAAGUAUUGCUUCUCAAAGCAGUUGGAGAAAUUCUGUAGUUUUCAAGUUGCCCGAUACCAGUGAUGGAGGUGCUGAAAUCACAAAAACCACCAGGCAAGUGUCUCUGCCUGUUUCAAGCUGCAAGAAGCCCUAGAAAAUGGUUACUGCGAGGCCUAUAUAUAUGUAUCAGUGUAUAUUGGCAAAAAUUAGUUGGUUCGAUUAGAUUUUGUGUUAUGUUUCAUUGAAAAGGGCAGCUUUAGAUAUUGUCGCUAAUUUUGUUUGUAGGAAGACAGAUUAUACGUAAUAUGUAUUUUUUUUUUUGUUGUUUUUGUUUUUGUUUUUGUUUAGUGAGAAUGAGUUUUCGUUCUUAUAUUUUUGGUUGGCAUUGCUUCAUGCAUUUGUCUAGCUGUAAACUCCUCUGUUCAUGAACCAAAUUAUUUUCCUUUCCUUUCC